UGUUCAUUCUGAGCGUUGGUAAAAUUAGAAUAGAAGCCUUUCCCAACGACGAAAAUCACGACCCUUCUCCAAAACAAACCGCCCCUCCCCCUCUCUCCCUUUUUUUCAUGUCCAUCUUGCCCUCACAAGCCCAGCCAGCACCAUCGUCUUCUUCAUCUCCUUCAACUUCAAACCCUAAUUCCCAAUAUGGAUUCCCGAAUUCUCUUCCCUCUUCCUCAAUUUCCUCUCUCUCUUCGCAAUUCAACAACUACGACAGCAACAUCGAUGCUUCUUUCGGAUCCCUUCGAAUCUCUGAUCCCCAAUCUCCCUGCCACCAUCCAGGUUCAUCAACUCAAGCUACAGAAGAUUCUCGUGGACCUUCCGAAAAGGUGAUGGAGUCGGUGUCUGCAAGUGGUAUAAGUUCUUCUUCACCUUCACAAAACUCUGGAAUACAUUCUAGGAGUCACGCUGGAAAACGAGCAGGUGGAUCAUCCCACUCAUCAGGGAAGACAGCAGGAAUGCUUUCCUCUCAUAGACAUCAACAGAAUCCUGUGUCUGCAAAUUAUCCUGGAAGUUCCCCUCCACUGGGAAGGAGAUCUCAGAUGGUGAAUGGCAAUUACUUGCUGAAUUUUCAGUAUGAUCCAAUAUCCCGUUCUCAACCAAGAGGGCCUCCACCUCCUCUUCCAAGAAGGCAACGGAAGAGAAGGCCAUACAACAAGGAUUUGUUUCUGCAGGCAAAUUACAGAUUCAUGGUCCUAGAUACAGGAAAUUAUUCUCCCCAGUCGAUGGAUCCAGAUAAAAUGUUGCAGUGGGAGGAUAUUAUAUGUGUGACAUAUUCAACCCCCUUCCCAGUUCAGUGCCCAAUUUGUUUGGAGUAUCCUCUGUGUCCCCAGAUAACCUCAUGCGGGCAUCUUUUUUGUUUCCCAUGUAUACUACAGUACUUGAUGCUGGGUGAAGAGGAUCACAAAGGUGAUUGCUGGAAAAGGUGUCCUUUAUGCUUUGUGAUGAUAUCUGUCAAGGAUUUGUAUACUGUCCACAUAACAAAUGUCAAACAAUAUCAAGUAGGGGAUAAUAUUGAGUUCACAUUUUUAACACGAAAAAAGGAUUCAUUUACUUUAUCUCAUAAAAAUAAACAAGAGACAGAUAUUGCAUCAAGUAGCAAUGGAGAUUUAUGUGAUCCGUUUUCCAAGUUCACACUCACAUCAGAUGUAGAUCUCUCUGUUAGACACGCAAUAUCAGAUCUAGAUGGCUGGCUGGCCAGAGCUGAUUCAGGGCUUGUCGAUGACCUGGAGAAGCUUCCAUAUGUUUGUGCUGCAAUGCAACAACUAAAACAAAGGAAGAAAUAUUGGAAUGAACAUAGGGCUUCUGACAUUUCUUCAAGGCUUAUUGAUUCUGAACAUCAGAUACAAUUGACAGCUGCAAAUGCUGUGGAUGCUGAUGGUGAAACCCAUUCUAAUGGAUCAAGGAUUUCCACUGUAGAUUUCCAGGACCAAAGUAAGGGAAUAAUAUUGGAUAAGUCAACUGCUGAAGCCUGUCCACAUCAAACUUUGGAUGGAGAGAAAUUGAUAGAACAAGAAAUCAAUCCAUCCUCAUCAUAUGAGGAGAAGAAUGGUGUUCAAAGGCAUUCAAAUGGAAUUGGAGAGACGAAGGAAAGUGAUUCUUACAAUUUCUUCCAGGCUGUGGAUGGCCAGCAUAUAAUUCUCCAUCCACUGAACACGAAAUGUUUACUUCAUCAUUAUGGGAGUUAUGACAUGCUUCCACACAGAAUAACGGGAAAGAUUCUGCAAAUGGAAACGGUUACCCAGUCCGAGGCCAUGAGGAGGCGAUAUAAAUUCUUAAGUCAUUUUCCGUUGACAACAACUUUUCAGCUCUGUGAAAUUGAUUUGAGUGAGAUGUUGCCUCCUGAAGCACUGGCCCCAUUUAUGGAUGAAAUAAAGAAGCGCGCACACCAGAGGAAACAACUCGCAAAGAAGGAGCAAAAGGAAAAAUUCAAGGCGGAAGCUGCUGCCGCUUAUUCUUUUCCCAUUCCAAGUUAUAAACUUGCUUCGUAUGAUGACACUCCAACAUUUUCUAUGGAUGACUUUGAAGCCUUGGGAAAUUCAGCUAUGUCAUCAAGUCCUCCAGUUGUUGGGGAAAGAAAAACAUUCUCAAAUGUUACCCGGCUUGGAUUCGCCGCUGCUCAUGAUUCUCCAUCCUUACAAAUCCAAGAAACCAGCAGUACCCAUAAUAAUAAUACGGUCACUAGUCCUACUGGCACAACAGGUCCAAGAAAUGUGGAGACACCAUCAUAUUCCAAUGUUACAUCCAGAGCCGAAUCAAAUGUAAACAUGAAUGCACCAAACACAAAUGACUUUGGGAAGAAGCGGAAAAAGCAAAAUCGAGUUCUCCUAUCGACAUCUGGUGGCAGGCGUUACUGAUUACUCUGGAUUACUCUAUAAGAUUGUAUGUUAGAAGGCUCCAAUUUCAUCCCGUGAAGCCCGAAGUGAAAUUUGCGACUCCAUCUAGACAAUUUCAGUGUAGUUACCUACAAUCUUAUGGAUGACAUGUAUUUUAUGCGCUUGAUUUCUUGUAGAUAGGUAUAGACGUGUGGAGAGAGAGAAUAAAUGAUCUCAUAAACAACCAAGACACGACGGUUUUAAGUACACUUUGAGAUAGUUGACUGUCUUUUUGGUUUAUCCAAUGUUUUAUGUAAUGGCUUAUGGUCGGAACAACACAUUGUACAA